AUGUCCACUCCGAUUCAAACUCCGCUUCCCAGCCCGAAUGAAGAAUACGAUGAAUUUCCUCUCUAUGCAGAACAUGACACCAUCCCCUCCUCACUUCAUCCGCCGGUCAUUGAACACCGAGUGAUUUCCCACCCCUUUCCGCAAGAGACCAGCCAUGCCGAUCCGGUCGCCGAAUUUGCAGGAGAACCCGAAACCGGGCCGACGCCCGCGCCCGUCACUCAACCGCUUGCCACCUCCGAAGCCGAACUGCCACGGAUUCGAUCGCCACGAGUGCGCUUCCACUCUAUCACUCGUUCGCUGAGUGACCGGUACCAUCACAUUCAUGAUGGCAAUCACCGAGGCCCCUCCGAUCGGUCGGAUCCCGCUCAGCGGCCCUUACUACCCUCGCCCGCGGACCUGAGUGAUACCACCUUGUCGGGAAUCGUCACCCACCAGCUCCAGCUUACUCCCGCCCUACAGGUCUUGCACGCAGCCGUGCGCCAUCGAAGGACUAUUUCUCCACAGAUCCAGAGAAGCAAGCACACCAUGAGUCAGCUGAUUCGCCAAAAGACCACUCGAUUGACGGAACGCCUCGGUCGUCCAUCUGACGAGGGCGAGGCUCUCAAUGCAUCAAUCUUGCCCGAGGACAUGGGGAUCCCUCUGGAAGAGGUCCAGGCUCGGCGUGCCCGUCGUGCCGCCGAUCGAUUGCGCAUGCUGGAGGGCGGCGAAGAGCCCCAUGAGCCCCCUCCCAGCGCAGAAGCCCAUCGCUUGGUGCGCAGCAUCACCCAGGCGCAGGACAACCAGGCUCUCCGUAAGCGCCGGCCGCGCGGAGCCUACCAGCGAUCCGGCCAAUCAACCCCCGAGGGGGUGCUGAAGGGAUUUGCUGCGCGUCGUCGCUCCAGCGGGGGAUUCGGGGGAGGCGGGAUUCUCGCGCAGUUGUUGAAGUUGCAGGCGGUGCAAUCGGCCUCGUCACGACCCGAGAGUGUCAUCACCGACGACUCAGAUAGCGAUGCGCAGCUCUCUUCGGGGGCGACCACCCCUCGGAAAGUCAACUCGCAGUCUCCCUCCAUGUCCCUGUCCAUGCCGAAUUCAGGGUCGGCAACCCCGCGCAAGGAAAAGCUCAAGUGGUACAAGAAAUCCCCUCAUCUGUCGACUGCCUCCUUGGUUGACGCGUCGAUGAACUUGAGCCGGGCAAGCCUUCCCGCCGGGACAGCCGAGUCACUGUACCAGAACAAGAAGCAGAGAAAGAACAAACGUCGAACGCGCCUGGAGGACGAGAUUCGUGUCACCGUCCACAUCGCGGAGAUCCUGGCUCGACAGCGGUACAUCAUGCAGCUGUGCCGUGCGCUAAUGCGCUAUGGUGCACCCACACACCGUCUGGAAGAGUACAUGUCAAUGACUGCACGUGUUCUGGAAGUCUCUGGUCAGUUCUUGUAUCUUCCGGGAUGUAUGAUCAUGUCCUUUGAUGACCCAACCACCCGCACAGCCGAGGUGAAACUGGUGCGUAUGACUCAAGGAAUUGACUUGGGUCGAUUGGCCGACACGCACAACGUCUACAAGAACGUGGUCCAUGACUUGAUUGGUGUGGAGGAGGCCACUCAAGAAUUAGACGAGAUCAUGUCGCGCAAGCCGCGCUUCAAUAAGUGGAUUCUUGUGCUUAUGUAUGGCUUUGCAAGUGCCACCGUGGGCCCAUUUGCCUUUGGUGCGCGUCCGAUUGACAUGCCCAUGAUCUUCUGCCUGGGCUGUCUCGUGGGUCUGAUGCAACACGUUCUCGCCCCCCCCUCUGCUCUCUAUUCCAACGUCUUUGAAGUCACCGCCGCGGUCUUGACCUCGUUCCUCGCGCGAGCCCUCGGAAGUAUCACCAUUACACGCAACGGUGCCCCGGAGCAACUCUUCUGUUUCUCUGCACUGGCUCAAUCCUCAAUCGCACUGAUCCUGCCUGGCUUUAUGGUUCUCUGCAGCAGUUUAGAACUACAGUCCCAUCAAAUGAUCGCCGGGUCAAUUCGGAUGGUCUAUGCGAUCAUCUACUCCCUAUUCCUCGGCUAUGGCAUCACCGUCGGUACAACCAUCUAUGGCCUGAUGGAUCGCAACGCCACCUCUGCAACCACGUGUGCCAAUCUCGACAUCUACGGCUCUUCGUUCGCCCGACAAUUCCCCUUUGUGGCCAUCUACGCUAUCUUCCUCGCUAUUGUCAAUCACGGCAAAUGGAAGCAGAUGCCAGUCAUGGUCGUCAUUGCUCUGUCGGGCUAUGUCACCAAUUACUUCAGCACAACGAAGUUUGGACGCAGUCGGAGUCGGAUCUGGCACGGGCAUGCCGCCACUGCCAUUCUCCCCGGUAUCUUUGUGCUGGUCCCUUCUGGCUUGGCCUCGAGUGGCUCCCUCAUUGCGGGCAUCCAGUAUGCCGAUUCGGUGCGAUACAAUCUUCACACCCAUGGCAAUAGCACCUCCACCAGCAGCCUAACAGACACUUCGGUCGCAAGUCUUGGCUUUGGCAUGAUUCAGGUCGCCAUUGGUAUCACCGUGGGCCUGUUCAUUGCCGCCCUGGUGGUGUAUCCAUUCGGCAAGAAGCGAACGGGGCUAUUCAGCUUCUAG